AUGAUUACAAGAUAUCGAUGUCCGAACAUAUUUCUCACAGUUUUCUAUUUCUUUCUCCAGGUAUCUAAUCACAUUCACGUAAAUGGGCACGGGCGUCUAAUGGAUCCGCCGGCUCGAAACAGCAUGUGGCGUUUUGGCUACCCAAAUCCUGUCAAUUACAACGAUAAUGAACUGUUCUGUGGCGGAUAUGCAGUACAAUGGGUGGAGAAUAAAGGCGAAUGUGGAAUUUGCGGUGAUGCUUAUCAUCUGAAAGAACCGAGACCACACGAAGCAGGCGGUGAAUACGCAAAAGGCACUAUUGUGAGACAUUAUACCGUUGGUCAGGAUAUCGAUGUUGAAGUUGAACUUACGGCAAACCAUUUAGGACGAUUCGAAAUGUAUCUUUGUCCAAACAACAAUCCAAGGAAGAAGGCAACCCGAGAAUGCUUUGAUAGGUAUCCGUUAUAUAUUUCCGGGACUCGGGACGUUCGGUUCGAGAUACCAACAGAUACCGAAAGGAAAGCUAUAUUUCGGUAUAAGGUAACUUUACCAGCCUAUGUCACCUGUACACAAUGUAUACUACAAUGGAACUAUUACACUGGCAACAUGUGGGGCACUUGUGAAAAUGGAACCGAAGCUAAUGGAUGUGGAAGACCAGAGACGUUCCGAAAUUGUGCCGAUGUGAGCAUCAUUACCAGCACAGCUGGUGUGCCUCCCCUCUUUGUACAACAGGAUAAUCCCUUUUUGCUUUAUUACAAAGACUACCGUUCGCCAAACAACAUAUUCCCACUCGUCAUCAGAUCGCAGGUGUGCAUGCCUACGCCUCUUUAUCGACGCAUACCGGGAAUGAACGACUGGUGCCAAACCAACUGUCUUCGUUACCCUCCAAACUGUCCAACAGCUAUUUGUCAAUGCCCGGAAGUGUGCGAUGCAAUUGGAGAUGUUGCUGGCAAAGAUGGUGCAAGCGUUUAUUGCAUGGACCAGUGUCUCGUCUACCCACCUAACUGUCCUUCUCAUCGCUGUCGCUGUUAUUAA